AUGGCCCCAUACUACCUUCAUGUGUUUACAUCCGCGUUCGUCGUUCCUUUUGUCGUUCCCGCUGGGAGUGGCCUGAGCUUCGAUUGGCCGGUACCGUGGAUUCCCGACACGCAAUAUCAAAUCUGCAUGUUUGACUCCGCCAACAACACGGGAGGUUGUCAAGAUAUCUAUACUGUGUAUCCGAAUACGACAGUCAAUGAUCCGCCGACAUGCAGCAAUGUGACGUACCCACGCCCUAACCAAGUCCUCGGAGUGACAGCAUCUACAUCGACGGGCGGUUUCAGCCAGUAUGGCUGGAUAGAUCAGUGCACCGAUAUUUCUGUCAAACCGACGAAUGGAACACCACCAUACACGUUCACUGUUGCACCCACUCUUCGGCCGCCGUACAUCAUCGCCUCGGACACUAUGAAUACCAUGAACUGGACAGUAUCCCUAUCGUGGGGAAGCUCUUUUUUCAUCUCUCUUACCGAUUCGUCGGGCAUGCUUUGGGCACAGGGUCCAUUGCAUAGCGGAUCCGGGGCGAGUACCGCAUGUCUUGACUCGAACGGGCACGUUCUUCCGUCGGAGACGCUCCGAAUCAAACCAUGGGUCGCGGCCGUUUCAAGCGCGGGUAGCAUCGUCGUCAGCCUGCUCGGCGCAUUCCUCUUCAUGCGGUACCAAGCGCGGCGUGCGCUGCGCAAGGGACAUGCCGUGUUUAAACAAGGCUCGAAGCAGAAAGAACAUCGCAAGUUUUCGUUGCAGACGCUGGUCGAGCGAGAUGCUGUGGACCAGGAUGAGCCGUUUAUGGAGACACCAAGCGCAGAGCUAGGCGAGAGCUCGAUCGACUUCGCUCACUCUGCGGCUGUAACCCGAAUCACUGCAAAUUCAGGCUACGCGAACACUUCGGGCGACUCGGCCGAGGUUGCGCCACGGCGCACUCUGCCACAGCCAGUGCGUAUCGUGCCGCUCGAUGAGCACAAUGCGUACCUGGACGACCGGGUGAUUGACAUCAGCUCCAUGCGAGAGCUGGAUCUCCCGCCGAGGUACUAUUCACCGUUGGAUGCCGGCUUUCAGUUUCACAGGAGUUCGCAGCGUACGCCUUCCAGACGCCCUCUGCCCACACCUCCAGAGCCGACAUUCAGUAUCAGCAAGGGAGCUGGACCUGUAGCAUGA